GACUGCCGGAUGCAAACAUGGUUUUUUUAAGGAUGAGCAGUAGGUAAGUAGUAACGAUGCAACCUAGAAGAGAGCGCCCUUUAGCAGAAGACAUUGGGACACUUUAUAUUGGCCACAUUAAAUCAAUAGAUCCAACCCAGUAAGUAGGAAUUUACUGCAUACGUGGGAGUUACAGUUAAUCAUCUUUAAUUUUUCCCAUAACAAACCAGUCAAUGACCUUUCUGGCAAACAUCAGCAAGUUUGCUAAGAAGCUGUCCAAAUCCAAUCCAUUUACAGAUAUAUAUAUAUACGGAAACAAUUGAAGAGCAGAAGCCAAAUACCACUGCUCGCUGAGAAGGAAAAAGAGCCACAGAUUUUUGAAGUCCCGUAAAUGGUAAAACUACCCACCAUGGCAGUUUCUCUUCUAAAUCUUUUGUAUUUGAUUCUAGGGAUCUCAUUUUCCUGCUGUGCCCAAGACACAUGUCCUGAUGUAAAACUCAUUGGUGUUGGAGAAUCAGAAAGGAUGGCCAUUCUAAGAGGAUGCCCCGGGUCACAGGGAUCCCCUGGGCAAAAAGGAGAAGCAGGGACACAAGGAACCAAAGGAGACCGUGGCAUCCCAGGAAAGAUGGGCCCACCUGGUGAGAAAGGAGACAUCGGGGAUCCUGGUCUCCGGGGGGUAUCUGGCAAGAAAGGAGAUACUGGAGCCACAGGCCCUAUGGGGAGUAGGGGACUGAGAGGAGAUGAUGGAUUCCCUGGUAUUAACGGGUCGCCUGGUAUGAAAGGUGAAAUGGGAUACCAAGGAAUAAAAGGAGAAAAAGGUGAUCAGGGGGCGAAAGGUACCUCUGGCCUGGGGUACAAAGCUGCCAGCAACUGUAAGGAGUUACGGGACAGUGGAUUGUCUCUUACCGGCUGGUACACAAUCUAUCCAGUAACAACUGGUAAACCCCUCGUUGUUCUCUGUGACAUGGAUACGGACGGAGGAGGCUGGAUUGUGUUUCAGAGGCGCCAAGAUGGAUCAGUAGAUUUUUACAGAGACUGGAAAUCAUACAAGCAAGGUUUUGGAAGUCAACAAAGCGAGUUUUGGCUUGGAAAUGAUAACAUCCACCUCCUUACCUCCAUAGGGAAUUUCCAACUGCGCAUUGACCUGGAGGAUUUUGACAACAAUAGAACCUAUGCCACCUACAGCAAAUUUCAUUUGGAGAGAGAGUCUCUGAAAUACAUCCUUCGUUAUGGGGAAUUCUCUGGGGGCACUGCAGGUGACUCUCUAGGUACUCACAAGAAUAGAGCAUUUACCACUAAGGAUGCUAAUAAUGAUAUGGCCAAAGACAGCAACUGUGCCAUACUAUAUGUAGGAGCCUGGUGGUAUAACAGCUGCCAUUCUGCCAGCCUGAAUGGGGAAUACCUGCGGGGCAAGCAUAAUAAGAAGGGCAGCGGGGUGAUCUGGCACACCUUCCGAGGGUCGAUGUACUCACUGAAAAUGUCUGAAAUGAAGUUCCGCCCAGAAAAGUAACCUGUCAUACAAGAGUAUUGGCGCACCAUUUGUUACUUAUUGUGAGGUGGCUACCUGAAAAUACCCAUGCCGUAAAUAAACAAAGGAAUUGGGCGCUCCAAUAUAAAAGUAAUCAGACCUUAAUUUCAUAUUACAAAAUCCAAUGCAUUUUGACGAAAAGUAACCUGGACUGGUUGGAAAGUUUUAUAUUAAUUCUUUAUAUUGUUCCAUUGGACUUUGAUUGUCCCAGCCUUUCUUAACAAUGGUGUGUAUAAAAAAUAUGUGUUAAUUUAAUUGUGUUUCAUUUAUAUUUUCCACAGUUCAAUAAAUCAAGUAUCUCCGUUUUAUGUUGGA